CUCUCCAUCGCUGCCUUCCUUCAAUACUACAUUAGCCGGUUGCCUAUUGCCUCGCUCCCGUCUUUUCAAUCUACUUCUUACUUUUGUCCCGUAUACUCCUCCUCGACAUUUCCCAAAUACAAAGACGUUGAUCGCGCUUGAGCUUACAUACCCACGAUACCACCUCCAGGCCGUUACCAAACUUGCGCCUAAAGGCCACCCGAACCACCUCUCUCCUCAAGCUACGAACCGUCCCCGAAACACCACACACACACAUUCGCCAUGGCUGAUCUCGUGGGUCGCAAGAUCUUCAAGGUCUUCAACCAGGACUUCAUUGUCGACGAGCGCUACACCGUCACCAAGGAGCUCGGUCAGGGAGCUUAUGGCAUUGUCUGCGCCGCCGUAAACACCCAGACGAACGAGGGAGUCGCCAUCAAGAAGGUCACCAAUGUCUUCAGCAAAAAGAUCCUGGCCAAGCGCGCCUUGCGCGAGAUCAAGCUCCUCCAGCACUUCAGGGGCCACCGUAACAUUACCUGCCUCUACGAUAUGGACAUUCCCCGGCCAGAGAUGUUCAACGAGACCUAUCUCUACGAGGAGUUGAUGGAGUGCGAUCUUGCUGCUAUCAUUAGGUCCGGUCAGCCACUUACAGAUGCCCACUUCCAGUCCUUCAUCUACCAGAUUCUUUGCGGUCUCAAGUACAUUCACUCGGCAAACGUUCUGCACCGUGAUCUCAAGCCCGGUAACCUGCUGGUUAAUGCCGACUGCGAGCUCAAGAUCUGCGACUUUGGUCUUGCGCGUGGUUUCUCUGUUGAUCCUGAGGAGAACGCGGGUUACAUGACGGAGUACGUUGCCACGAGAUGGUAUCGUGCCCCCGAAAUCAUGUUGUCCUUCCAGAACUAUACCAAAGCCAUUGAUGUAUGGUCCGUUGGCUGUAUCCUUGCCGAGCUCCUCGGUGGCCGCCCAUUCUUCAAGGGUAGAGAUUACGUCGAUCAGCUGAACCAGAUCCUGCACAUCCUCGGCACACCGAAUGAGGAGACCCUCUCCCGUAUCGGCUCUCCCAGAGCUCAGGAAUACGUCCGCAACCUGCCUCCCAUGCCCAAGAAGUCCUUCCAGCAGCUCUUCCCCCAGGCCAACCCCGACGCCCUCGAUCUCCUCGACCGCAUGCUCGCCUUCGAUCCUACCAGCCGUAUCAGCGUUGAGGAUGCUCUCAAGCACCCCUACCUCGCCAUCUGGCACGAUGCCAGCGACGAGCCCGACUGCCCUACCCCCUUCAACUUCGACUUUGAGGUUGUCGAUGAUGUCGGCGAGAUGCGCAAGAUGAUUCUCGAUGAAGUCUUCAGGUUCAGGCAGCUUGUGCGCACCGUGCCCGGUGGUCAAGGACAGGGCGGCGCUCAACCCCAGGCUCCCGCUCAGGUGCCCAUGCCUACUGAUGUGCACAGCCAACAAUGGACUGCCGAAGAUCCUAGGCCACAUGAGUAUGGCGCGUACAACGGCGGCCUGGAGGCCGAGCUUGGUGGCAUGUAAGCAAUGACAGAAGGACGAAAACUUUGUAUAUACGAUAUUGAGAACGAAACGCCGGAUCCAGCAAGCAUCUGAUGAUCAAACGCAUCUUGGGUUGAUGCCUUGGCUGCGAAGAAACAGCAAAGACGACGGCAUGGUGUUUCUUGCUGGAACCCCCCGAGAAGGGAACGGCGUGCCAUUGAGGCGGUCUUCAAUGACAGAGUGGGACAGCAGUUUUGG